AGAAGGCUGGGUAUAUAUGAAUUUCAUGAGACAUGGCCCUACAGGUAUAUAGAGGCACCUAAUGCAUCAAAGCUUUACACAGAAAUAGCAGGAACAUUUGCAAAAACUAAUAUCUGUCAGUCAUCUGUCCCCAUUUUAUUUAUUUCAGAGGUGAAGGAUGCUGUCUGUCUAUGUUUUGACCUUCCAGCUCUGUCUGUAUGAUCCUGAGGUGCCAGACUGGGUCACCCUCAGCCCUGCUGUCUUAUUAACAAAAAUUACGCCCUGCCCAGGGCAUCAUCAGGCCAUAUUGUCCUCAGACAGUCAACAUUGUAAUUGCGACUUUGUUACUGCAGCAGCAUCAGCAAAUGACAAUACCUCUUAAUCCAGAGCAACAGUUUCUUUUUUCUGUCAGAUGAAUGCAGCCUGGGCAAAUUAGCGGCUGCUGCAUUGUACCAUUGGGCCUGGCACCAUGGGUGAGAUGUGAGAUUUAAAUAAUUUCUGAGUCUGUGGAGGAGUCUAGAGAAUGGCAGACAAGCUGACUAAUAACACGGGAUCCAGUAACAAGGGCUGCUCCGAUGGUAAUGACUCCUCUCUCCAGAAAUAUCUGAUUCCCUGCAAAAAAAUGCAGUCAUCUCAGACUGAGGUUGAUAUUUAAUAUCCUGAAACAACAGAAAGCCCCUGAAAGAAUUGGGAAACAGAGUAUUAGGGAUGAGGAAUUUCUGAUAGGGGAAUAAUUAAUGGAGUCCAAAUGCAAUAAAUCAUGUGGACCUCUGGACCUAUAUGACUUUUUUCAUUAGAAAUGUAUGAAAAUACAGACCAUGCUCUCGUGAGAUAUGACUGACGCAACAGUCUGGAGAAGCAUUUCAAAAGAAACCGACAUUAGAUCUCACAAGUGUCAUUUUUGCUCUCCUUUUGUGGAGGAACAUUGUGUGGGAGUUGGGCAUAUUUGCCACUCAGUUAUCAGAGUAACUCUAAUUAGGCUAUUUUUAACACAUCCUUUUCAACAGCUCUUGGGUGUUUACAUUUGCUAAUGACAGCCUGAGUAAAAAUCAUCUAUCAGCAAGCAUCAGCAUCAUCGCCACUGACACAUUAACAUGAAUUCUCUCCCAAGAAAAAUGCCACCUCGCCAAGAUGCUUUCACUGUUUAUAUAAAGCACACAUGUGUAGCUCCGACACGUGUGCCCUAUAUUUAUGUGACAUAUUUACAUUUUCACAAUACGUCUCAGAUAGCCCAGGCAAACUAAUUAAUAAGCAGUGAGCCACAUAGUUUUUGUGUGGUUUUUUUUUUUGCUCCAGUGAAUAUGAGACAGCUCUUUCAAGCCAACGCGUUCACACAGAUUACACCCUUUGUAAAAAACAUGUUGCUUCCAUGUGAUUUACAUAAUUUUCAUUUAGUUUAUUGUCAACUUUAAAAACAGCUUACAUUUGAAGUUUCUCUUUCAGCUAACACCACUUCAGGCUGAGAAAAAUAGCUGGUUUUGCCUGCAUCCUCAAAGAAAAAUCAUUGUAGUAUGUCUUUGGGGACUUUGGAACAACUCAGUAUUGGAUUUAUGUUCAAGUUGUUGUGCAAUAGUGGUAUUUUUAAACUCAUAAUGUAUCAUCAUAAUAUUACAACAGAGACCUAUAGUUGUUUGUGCCUAGAUAUUUGUGGACUGUCAUUUAAUUCAUAAGGGACAGGACAGCAUGCACAUGCCUGUUUCUGGUGUUACCACCUGAUAACAUAGGCUCCAUUGUGCCAUCUAGUGGUCACUUGGAUUAAAGCGAGACAAGUUUUUAAACAAGAAAAUAAUUCCUAACCCAUCACAAGAAGUAAUGUAGCUCUCUCUGAGGAGGCUCCCCCCACUAAACCCUGAGGCAGGGCCAAGACUUCUCUUUAUUAUUUGCCACCAGAACACAUUUAUGUGGAGUAAUUUUCCAGGCCACCCCUGACAACUCACAAAACAGUUUUAUUUGGUCAGUGUGAUAAAUUAGUAGUCGUAGUUGCCAAAAUAUAGCAGCUCAGAGGAAGCAUUAUUAGAAGUGAAUGCUCCCCUGGGGUAGAUCAGUGCAGUAUGACGUUUACAAUAGUUGUCAGGGGAGGUUUUUAGACUCUGUAGCCCAUUAUUAUAACAAAUAGAGAAUAAAUGUAGUGCUGUAGCUCCACCUCAACAGCCUGCAGGUCAUGUGGCCUCCUCACAUGUCAGUAAUUUGAUCUGAGCAUCAAACAAAGACAGUCUCUGGGCAACGUACACUUACUGCAAAGACGCACAAGCAUUCUUUGAGUUUCUCCACAGGUAGUAAUGACUGCAGUACUGGAUCCCUCCAAGCCGUUCUCUGCAGAGCUACAUGUCAUCAGACGGCUGAACUCCAGUCUGUACAGGGACGGUGGUGGAGAUGAACUGGACAGUGGUCGGGCAGGUUCUCCUAGAUUUCACCUUCCUGCUGGGCAUGUCUUCCUGUCUCCUUUACGAAAUGAUGUCCCCCCGUUGGACCCUUGCUGUGGUCAGCUGAGUGCUAGAGCAGAGAUGGACCUGGGGGUCAAAGGUUGAUAAAAAUUCAUAGUUCCUCAUGUGGCCUCUGCUCUGCGGGCCCCUCCAGGUUUCAGAAAGAGGCUUCAAACACCCCCGAUCCACUCUGGUAUCUGUGUGGACCUGAGCGAGGACAAGGCCUGGAACUCCAGGAGGAUCCCUGAUGCAGCUUUGAGAGCUCGACUAAAUGUAAAAUAUUAUGAAGAAGUCAUUUGGGAUAGGAAGUUGCCGCUGCAUGUGCAGGCCCCAGAAACAACCCUGGAGAAACUGGCAGACCCAGUGAGUGAGCGACCCUCAUCGAGGCACUACAACAGCCAACCUCAGCUGUGGCAGUCCGUCGGAGCCGACUGGAACAGACGACGGCAUCAAUUGAGGAAUGACGCCAAGAAACUUGUAUCAUUCUGCAGUGGAUGUCCAAGGUCAGGUCAGAUCCCUCUAUACAUUGGUACCAUUGGCUCUGAGAACAUGGAUAAUAUUGACAACAUGGAUGAAGACUUUCACCUACUGACCCUGAGGAGGAGCAUCAUACCUCCGUACACACCUACAGCACAUCAAAGCACCAUCCCUGGCUAUGCAGGCAAGGCUGCCUAUUCUAACUCUGCUGCUGCAAUCUCUGUCCCAGAUUUGGGCCCCAGUUUAGCAAACUUUACCGGCUUUUGGAACAGGCAUCUCCAGAUGGCUGAAUCCAGAGCAGCUCGUGUUGCAUAUUUUCACAGGACAAUCAGAGAAUCAUGGAGGUCUGCUUUUGGUCACGCGGCGCCCCCCUCCCAAAUGUUGACCACCGUGAACCCCUGCAACCCCUUCCUGAGACCUGAGCUUCCCGCCUCACGGAGAGGCGUUAGACAAAGCAGAUGAGAAAGUUUUGAAGGUGUCAGUUUCCUAUUUAUGCCAUUCAAUCUGUUUAUAUGAAUACGUCUAUAAUGAUGUGAUGUCAGUGAGUGAUUCAGAGUGAGUUGGAGAAUAAUGAGAUGCCCCAUUAUCAUAAUUUCCUUGAUUUAGAUGAGUGGUUUUCUAACUCUGGGUAGCGAGCUUUUGCAUUGUCCUUUUAAACAUUUGCUCUCUCACUGACUCACUCACUCACUGACUGUGUGUGUGUGUUUCAGCCCACACACUGCCUCUGUCAUGAAGGGCAAAGAGGGACAAAAGGAGAAAAUAUUGAGGGAAAUCAGGAUUUUCUGCACUACUGUUACACACCUGACAGUGUAAAAUCUAUGGCAGGUAUAAUAGAAGGAUUAUAAGAAACAUUAUCUUAUUCAAGUUUAUUAGCUCAGCAAAUACAUAUUAAAUACAUCCUGCAGUCAGCACUGCACAAAUCAUUUAGAGGUUUUAGUUUUCUGUAGAUGUGACUGUAUUGCAAAUCAUCAUUAUUAUGAAGUGCCUGGCAGCUACAGCUUUAUGUCUCUGUGGUUUGUGCCGCUUCACGCUUAGACAGGAAAUAGGGAUGAGCUGGUUUUCCUGUUUCUCUUCAUCUAUAGUUUGUUUAGAUUUACAUUUCACAAGGAUUUGUACUUGAACACACAGCUGAUUUGUGUGAGUUAAAGGUUGUGUGUUCACUAAUGCAUGCAUCUGAAUUAUCUUAUAUUUACUUCCAUAGAUAGGACAAUUCACUAUCUUAGUGUUGCACCUAAUUGAAUAAAACUGGGAGAUAAAAAACAAAACAAAUGAAACAAAAACACAACACUGAUUAAAAACAGUCCGAGAAGCUGAGAUAUCCUCAGUUUUAACUGCUCAACCUUAAAACCAGAGUGUGAACAUCCUACAUUUCCUACAAUGCAGUGCAGUAGUGUCUUUCAAUAAACAUGAUAGGGUUUUCUCACAGCUACAGAAGUCUAGGACUACAGCUCUCCGCUAUUAUUCCAUCAAUUUAGUAUGCUUUUAUUUCAUUGAAAAGGACAACAAUUUAGGACAAGAAAACAAAUAUAAAAAUUAUUUGUUUAAAUUGCAUAUCUCCAUAUCUAAAUCAAGUCCGACACAGAAUUCGGAGAAGACAGCAGCUCUCAGGGCAAAGUUAUCCUGUAUGACAGGCAGAAUGGCAGACUGCCAAAGCCCUCUUCACAGCUACAGUGAAGAUAUAUGUACAAAUCUGGUAGGGACACAAAAACAAAUCGUUACUUUGAGGCCUAUCGAAACCCCUGGAUAAAAAGGAUAGCUGUGGACACCACAGACACGCAUUUGUUGUUAUUCUGCUGGGGGCAGUAACAAGCAUGCUUGGUAGUAGUGUUCAUGUGCAAAACACAUAGUUGCCGACCUACUGUACAUGUAAGAAACAAAGUUCUCCCAGCAGAGUACACGAGGGUCCACUAGGGUUCAUGUGAUGUUAGUUUCAUCAUCACUUGAUGUCCAUAAGAAUCCAUACAUAGCCCAAAAUUUGAGUUCACAUAGACAUUUUGUGCGUGUUACGGCCACUGGUGAUUGUGUGCCAUCUUGCUUCUGUGGUGGAUUUUUUGGGCCUUGGUAUAGGGAGCUGUGGUUAAUUUGAGAGCUUCUCCAGAACCCCAGCUGACAGUCAUCACAGGUAAUAAAUCUGGAGCUGAAGAUCUGCACUCCAGCCUUUGUUCUCCCCGCCUCCCGACCUGUCUGAUUGGGCCACCAUCCACCUUCAUCCAACCAGCCGCAGCCAUCAUCACACCUGAAGUGUAUAAAUCUGCAACCAAACUCUCAGUCAGGGUGGCUGGGAUUUAACGUGACCAGUUCGCCCUAGUCCUUAGGUUUUGUAGCCACAGAGGGAUGGCUACUCGGAAAUUAGAGCUUCUGUCAGGAGCUGUUAUUUCGGUGAGGCGCUACCAGUCUUGGUGAAGAAUAUAGCACCUGUUAGCAGCUGACUAUUUCGGUGAGAAGCUACUUGUGUUUUGAGUGUGCCCUGUAGCCACUGAGGGGUGAUGAUUAGCAUGUUAUGUCUUGUUGGAAAUGUCUGUUUUGAGGCAUCAAUUUUAUUCAGUUUAUUACGUGCACUUGACACCCAUUUGUAUUAGCUCCUGUUGUUUGUGGUGGGUAUUGCUACUGUGCUUAGGUUUGGCUAAGGAGUUUAGUUGUUUUGUUUUUGGGCAGCUAGUUUGAGAACUGUUAGCCUUUGUUUCAUUUUAUUUGGUUCUUUGGUUUAGCAGCAUCCACCAGCCCUAUUUUCCUUUGUUUGACCAUUUUUGUGUUACUUCUGUCACUGAGCAAUAAUUCACUUUACCGAACUAAUUACAUCUGAUUGUUUUUGGUACACCCAGCUGAUCUUAGUGGUUGGGUCGUAACAGGACAAUAGUGCACAUGUUCGGCAGUGGUGAAUAUUCACACAAUGCAUAGAAAUGAUCUACUUCCCAUGGAGAGUCCUCCAAAUGGAUGCCCAGGAACAGGAAAAGUUGCAUACAAACAACAAUGAAGCUUGAGGAAAACUAGUUAAGCCAUGUCAGACAAAUCUCUGUUGUUUUUAUAUUAUUGCUGGUACCUAAAUCACCUUUACUAUGUCUUACAGGUAACCAAUCUGGCGAUUAACAUCACAGCUCGUUUAGCUUCAGUUUCCUAGCUUAGUUGUCAGUGUAUUACAUUAUAAUACCUGUUGUUGGCAGAGUCUGGCUCCUGCACUUAGUCUGUACUUUUGUAACCUUCAUUUCAACUAGCACAAUGAUUUACGUUAAAUGCUGACAUUAAUGCUACCCUGUGUCAGGUUCACUCUGUGGUCUGAAUACUCUGCCUGGAUGCUUUCUGUGGCGUUGCAGAAGCGCUGAUGCCGUACUACUGGAAAUGACUUGGUCGGUUUUACAAUAAACACACCACAACAAUUGCAAUCACACAACAUGAAAUAAUCCCUAACUCUGGGCUCUUUUUGUAAUGUAGCCCUGCCUGUCCCUUCUCUUUGCCCCCGUUUUCUUUCUCUUUCUCCAUUUUGCAAUCCACAGUGAAGCUGUAUAUAGUCACAACACAACUUCAAAGCCAAGAAUAUAUCUAUGUUUUUCAGUAAUCGAUGUAGAAAUGGUUUAAUUACUACAGCAGACACUGCACACGUUUUCAAGCAGUGUUGGCAACUAACUUGAAAAAUGUAAUCAGUUAUAGUGAAGAGGUAAAUACCUAUCUUUUUAAAAAAUAUAUUUUUAAAGCUUUAUUAUGUAGGACAGUGGAGAGAGACAGGAAAGCAGGGAGAUGAGUGGGGGAAGGGCCAUGGGCUGGAUUCGAACCACUAUAGCCCCUGUUUAUGGGUCACCCGCUCAACCAUUUGAGCUACCAGGACACCAUAAUUACCUCACUUUAAUAUUUAUUCCACCGCAAAAGUUAUAACAAUAGUUAGAUUAUUUGUUACUUCAGUUUGACUACUGAGUUUAGCUCCAGCAAUGGUGCCUUUGAAAAACUUGAAAUCCUCCACAACUAGACUUGACAUACUCUACAUGGUACGAUCAAAAAGUUCUGGUACUGUUUGUGAUGCAUAUGAAUGGAGUCUGGAGUUUGUGUUAUCAAGAGUUUUACUGUAACGCCCUGAGUAUCUGAAGGAGUACAUGCAGCAUGAAUAACCCAAAAUGUGGUGCAAUGUCAUGUGGGUCAUCCUAUGUGCUUUGUGCCUGGUCACCUGUGAUUUCCACACACCCUAAUCCCCAGAUUUGACUCCCUGUGGUUUCUCUGUCAUCCCCAAAAUGAAAUUCAAAUCAAAAGGGCCCCGCUUUGUCACUGUUUAAAUGAUUCAGCUUGUUACACAUGGUGCUUGACAUGUUUAUGUAACAGGACUUCCAGGGAACUUUAGAAGUGUUGCAGAAGUCCUGGAAGCUGCAGAAUGAGACUACGAUGAUGGGGAUAUCAGCCAAAUUUAGAACACGUAUGUAUGGAUUUUUAUAGGCAGAGACUGCACAUUUUGAUCACAGUUUGCAAUGUCAACAUACACUACAGUUCAAAAGGUUGGGGUCACCUGGGCAAAUUCAUGUUUUUCAUGAAAGCUCACACUUUUAUUUGUGUGCGAACAUAAUUGCACAAAGAUUUUCUAAUCAUCAAUGCACCUUUCAACACCAUUAACUAACACAAUGUAGCAUUAGAACACAGGAGUGAUGGUUGCUGGAAAUGUUCCUCGAUACUCCUAUGUAGAUAUUCCAUUAAAAAUCAGCCGUUUCCAGCUAGAAUAGUCAUUUACCACAUUAACAAUGUCUAGAGUCUAGACAUUGUUCAUGUCUAGAGAAAUACAGUCUAGACUCUAGACUGUAUUUGUGAUGAAUUUUAUGUUAUCUUCACUGAAAAAAACUUUUCUUUCAAAAAUAAGGACAUUUCUAAGUGACCCCAAACUUUUGAACACUGUAUAUAAAUAGAAAGCGAGACAUUUUACAUGCAGCCUGUGUUUUGAAGGUAUUUACAGCAUCAACAGUUUGUAGCCCAAGAGAUGCAUUGCAGCCACACUGCACUCACAGCGAGACCACGAGAUUCACACAAGCCUGCAACUCUGAACAAACCCCAGUGACUCCUAAUCAUAGACUGAUGGCUGAUAUUAGCAAGGUAGCUGGGAUCACACAGAAUUUAAAACACAACAAAUCUGGAGUGGCAUUUCUCUUUUAAACCACCUUCUCACAUUUCCAGCACAUUUCUGCACUGAACACAGACAACAACACACAACCUCAUCUAAAUCUCGAUCAGUAAUUGUCAAAGUCGCACUGGGUUUACUGUAAUGUAAUCAUUGGUUUUCAGAUCUGAUUUGCCACUAUCAUAUUACUAUGAAUAAAGUGUAAUCUGAUUGUUGGAUACAAUUUACUUGAUGCAUGGAAUUUUAGCAGUUCUCAAUCGUUUACAUUUGUUUUGUUAAGAUUCGUCAUUUCCUUUGCAAAGCGGUGAUUCCGGUAAAUCUUCUUUUUGACUUGAUAUCAGCUAAGAGCUCCGUUAGUGAAUAAUGUCUGGCAGCACCUAAUUAAUGUGCUGAAUUGUGCGAUUAGCUUCACUUUAAACCUAAUUUUCAACAGCCAAAAUUUGGUAUGAAACACAUUAUCAGUUGUUGGAGGGACCAGACUUAGCUUUAGCAAAAAUUGCUAUUAAAUGGUUAAUAAUUAUUGAGAAUUUUCCACUAAUUUCUGUUGUAGAUGCUUAUUUUUUGGAUUUGAGAAAUUAUUUUUGUAUUAUACCCUUUUUUGCAGGGAAUCAAACAGUAACAUUGACAGUAAUGGCUUGGCUUAGGUUAGCUCAGCACAAAGAUGGAAAAUGUAGGAAAACAUGUAGUCUGAUUUUGUCCAUACAAAACAAAAUUCACCUCCCAGCACAUCUAAAGCUCACUAACUCUGCAUUUCACUAACUGUUUAGCUCUCUUUCCAGUAUUUAUGCUAAGUUAAGCUAACCGACUGUUGGAUUUUGCUACAUAUUUAGUGUACAGAUACGACAGAAUAUAAAUUUUUUCAUCUGCCUUGCCUGAAUUAAGGUUCCAAAGACUUGCAUAUUGCAGAGGUUGCUUUGUUUGCUGUUGUGUUUAAGACCAAUAAAACUGAGCAAGCCCUCUAGCAGAAAUCCUAACUCUAUUUGCCAAAAAAAAACGCCCUCCUCCUCCUCCUCC